UUUGAACGGCCGGGCGGAAGCAGCAUCUCCGGCGGAGCAGCAGCGGGUGUGGUUCGGAGCAGCACGGGUGCUUCUUCACCUACCUAGUCCUCUUCCUUUUUAAAGCCACGAUAAAGGGGGGAACAUUUCCGACCAGAACCACGGAGGACCCGCUGUAUUGUGACAAAUCUGCUUGUACGGGCUGAGGGCAGACAGGAACAAUGGCUACCCAGUCUGAUUUAAUGGAGUUGGACAUGGCUAUGGGGGACAGUAAGGUUGCUGUCAGUCAGUGGCAGCAGCAAUCCUAUUUGGAUUCAGGAAUCCAGUCUGGCGUCACUACUACAGCACCAUCUCUGAGUGGCAAAGGAAACCCUGAUGCCGAGGAGGACGAUCCAACUCUUUAUGACUGGGAGUUCAACCCGCCCUUCACUCCCGAGACUACAGACAUUGAGGGGUAUGCCAUGACACGGGCUCAGCGAGUCCGCGCUGCCAUGUUUCCUGAGACUCUGGAAGAGGGAAUUCAGAUCCCACCUACCCAGCUGGAUGCUGCCCACCCAACUGCAGUACAGCGUCUGGCAGAGCCCUCUCAGAUGCUAAAGCAUGCUGUGGUCAACCUAAUUAACUAUCAAGAUGAUGCUGAGCUGGCCACUCGUGCUAUACCCGAGCUCACCAAACUGCUCAAUGACGAGGACCAGGUUGUUGUGAAUAAAGCUGCUGUAAUGGUGCAUCAGUUGUCAAAGAAGGAGGCAUCGCGCCAUGCCCUUAUGCGUUCACCCCAAAUGGUUUCAGCAGUUGUUCGUGCCAUGCAAAACACUGGGGAUGUGGAGACUGCUCGUUGCUCUGCUGGCACCUUGCACAAUCUUUCCCAUCAUCGUGAGGGACUCCUUGCAAUCUUCAAGUCUGGAGGGAUCCCUGCUCUCGUCAAGAUGCUGGGCUCACCGGUGGACAGUGUGUUGUUCUAUGCCAUCACCACACUCCACAACCUGUUGUUGCACCAGGAAGGGGCCAAAAUGGCAGUGCGCCUUGCUGGGGGGCUCCAAAAGAUGGUGGCCCUGCUGUCUAACACCAAUGUCAAGUUUCUGGCAAUCACUACGGACUGUCUACAGAUCCUGGCAUAUGGCAACCAGGAAAGCAAGCUAAUCAUUCUGGCCAGUGGUGGUCCCCAAGCCCUGGUCAACAUCAUGAGGACCUUCACAUAUGAAAAACUGCUGUGGACCACAAGCAGAGUGCUCAAGGUGCUUUCUGUUUGCUCAAGCAACAAGCCUGCCAUCGUAGAAGCUGGAGGUAUGCAAGCACUGGGGCUUCAUCUGACAGACCCCAGCCAGCGUCUGGUCCAGAACUGCCUCUGGACUCUGAGGAACCUUUCAGACGCUGCCACUAAACAGGAGGGGAUGGAAGGUCUCCUGGGGACCCUGGUCCAGCUGCUCGGCAGUGAUGACAUCAACGUGGUGACAUGUGCUGCUGGCAUCCUCUCUAACUUAACCUGCAACAACUACAGUAACAAACUCAUGGUUUGUCAGGUUGGUGGCAUCGAGGCUCUGGUGCGAACGGUGCUACGGGCCGGUGACAGAGAAGAUAUCACGGAGCCAGCAGUCUGUGCUCUGCGUCAUCUGACCUCCCGCCACCAAGAUGCUGAGAUGGCCCAGAAUGCAGUGCGCCUUCACUAUGGCCUGCCUGUGGUCGUCAAACUACUUCACCCUCCAUCCCACUGGCCACUUAUCAAAGCGACAGUUGGUCUAAUUCGCAAUCUGGCUCUCUGCCCGGCCAACCACAGUGCUUUACGGGAGCAGGGCGCCAUCCCCAGACUGGUCCAACUGCUCGUCAGAGCCCACCAGGACACCCAGAGGCGCACCAGCAUGGGUGGCAAUCAGCAGCAGUUUGUGGAGGGAGUGCGUAUGGAAGAAAUAGUGGAGGGAUGCACAGGAGCGCUGCACAUCCUGGCCCGGGAUGUCCACAACAGAAUCGUCAUUAGAGGGCUUAACACCAUUCCACUUUUUGUUCAGUUGCUGUAUUCUCCAGUAGAGAACAUCCAGCGCGUUGCAGCAGGUGUGCUGUGUGAACUGGCCCAGGACAAGGAAGCUGCUGAGGCUAUUGAAGCUGAAGGAGCAACCGCACCCCUGACUGAGCUGCUGCACUCCCGUAACGAGGGUGUUGCAACCUACGCCGCAGCUGUCCUGUUCCGCAUGUCGGAGGAUAAGCCCCAGGACUACAAGAAACGUCUGUCCGUGGAGCUGACCAGCUCUUUGUUCAGGACUGAGCCCAUGGCCUGGAAUGAUACUGGAGAUCUGGGGCUGGAUAUAGGAGCACAAGGAGACCCGCUGGCUUACAGGCAGGAUGAUGGAGCAUACCGGGCAUACCCAGCAGCUUACGGCCAGGACUCCCUGUUGGACCCCAUGAUGGAAGGUGCUGAUUACCAUGGCGACGGGCUGCCUGACCUGGGACACCACACCGACCCUCUGCCAGAUCUCGGCCACACCCAGGACCUGAUGGACAGCAACCAGCUGGCCUGGUUUGACACUGACCUGUAGGACUGCCGUUUUCCGAUGGAACCUGUAUUGUGACUGGCCUGUAUUGUCUGAAACAGCAUUAUGAUUGCCCUGAAGAGUGUUAAAGGUAAAGAGAAAUAAAGGGUCUUGGAAAGUGCCUGACACAUGAAAAUAAUGAUGGUUGCCACAGGAAUGUUUUAAGUAAGUUGAAAAGGGGGUGGGGGCGUCAGGAGACACGGAUUUAAUGUAUCUGACAUGUGGAAUCGCACAAUGGAGGUCUUACAGCAGGUUAUUUGCUUGGAUGAAUGCACGAGGUGGAUCUUAAGUGUGAAACACAUAUGUUUUAGCCUUGCCUGUAUUCUUAUCAGUUUUUUGUUUCCAUUUUUUAUUAUAUUUUUUUAUUUCUUUUUUGUAUUACUCAUUCUCUGUUAUGGUACUGACCCAGCUUGCCUUCGCACUAGCCAUCCUCAUUUUCUCUUCAAUGCUAAUCAUUUGUAAUUUUUUUAAGAACGUAUAUUACACUUAGUGUUAAGUUAUAGUGAUAUACAAUGUUCCUUUGGUUAUGUUCGAAUGUGUAGAACACUAAUAAUCAGUUGAAAUGUACUCUGACUUAAAGUGUAACAUUGUGUAGUUUUUUUAUAUAUAAUCUCAAAAAUGGAGAAUUAUGCAUUCUUAAUAUGUGCUUGUUUAAGCAUAAAAUAUGUCAGUGUCAAAUGUUCUAAAGGGGGAAAUGGAUGAAAUUGAGGGUGGGUCGGGGUUAAAUCUAGAGACAAGUGUUUUAUAUACAGUAUCACUGGUAGGUUAACUAUUUUGUAUGCUGUUAUUGGACGUCUGAUAGAAAAAAUUCUAAUGCUAUCGUUGGUGGUCUGAUAAAACCCAGUUUUAUGUGCUAUCAAGGGUAGCUAGCUUGACAACAGUUGUAGUCCUGCUGUGUAUUUUGGAGACGAGGUUCUGACACGGCUGACCAAUAAAAUGGCAUUUUAUUUC